AUGGGUUCGUGUAAGCUGUGUGUGUGGAUAUUAAUUGUGGUUGUGUGUAUCCUUGGAAAGAUAUCUGGUCUUGAUAAUGGAUUGGCUUUGACACCACCUAUGGGAUGGCUCGCGUGGGAGAGGUUCAGAUGUAAUACGGAUUGUAAGAAUGAUCCUGAUAAUUGUAUAAGCGACCGUCUGUUCAGAACUAUGACGGAUAUAUUGGUAGCUGAAGGGUAUGCUGCCGCUGGUUACGAAUACGUAAAUGUUGACGACUGCUGGCCUGAGAGGGAGAGAGAUCCGAGAGGGAAACUUGUACCUGAUAGAGAACGAUUCCCGUAUGGAAUGAAGAGCCUGUCUGAUUAUGUACACAGCAAAGGAUUGAAGUUUGGAAUUUACGAAGAUUAUGGCAACUUCACUUGCGCCGGAUAUCCGGGUGUUGUCGGCCAUCUUGCUGGAGAUGCAUCAACAUUCGCGUCUUGGGGUGUUGAUUAUGUCAAAUUGGAUGGAUGUUAUGCUCUGCCAGCUGACAUGGACCACGGAUAUCCUGAGUUCGGACGACAGCUCAACUUAACUGGUCGCCAGAUGAUCUAUUCCUGCAGUUGGCCGGUCUACCAAAUAUAUGCUGGCCUUCAGCCAAACUUUUCGUCCAUCAUCGAGCACUGCAAUUUGUGGCGUAACUUUGACGAUAUCCAAGAUUCGUGGGCUUCCGUCGAAUCUAUCAUAGACUAUUACGGAAACCACCAGGACGUGAUCGUUCCCAACGCUGGGCCUGGACAUUGGAACGAUCCUGACAUGUUAAUCAUUGGAAACUUCGGUCUAUCAUACGAGCAAAGCAAGACUCAGUUUGCUAUAUGGGCGAUACUGGCGGCUCCGCUACUGAUGAGCGUUGAUUUGAGAACCAUCAGACCCGAAUACAAAGCGAUAUUACAAAACAGAAAGAUUAUAGAAGUGGAUCAAGAUCCGUUAGGUAUACAAGGCAGACGGAUUUAUAAGCAUCGCGGCAUCGAGAUUUGGUCUCGUCCGAUCAUUCCCAUCCACGGACAAUACUACUCGUAUGCCGUGGCUUUCCUCAACAGACGGACAGACGGCACGCCGUCAGACGUCGCUGUAACCCUUAAGGAGUUGGGACUCAACAACCCCGCCGGGUACAGGGUCGAGGAUUUAUAUGAAGACGUAGACUACGGUGUGUUAUCUCCGGCGACCAAGAUCAAAGUGAAAGUCAACCCUUCAGGUGUUGUCAUACUACGAGCGGACGCUCAGCCUUCAUACGCAUACAACGCGAUACCAACACGGACGCCAUAUUCACCACUCAAUGAUGUGUUCAGACUUCGCAAGUGA